AUGUCUGCUCGUGGUGUUUCUGGUUGUGUGUGUCUACCGUUGAUCGAUAGCAGUGUCGUUUCUUUAUUAUUUUUUAUUGUUGCUGCUGCCUCUGCUGCUGCUGCUGCUGCUGCUGGUGCUGCUGCUGCUGCAGCUGCUGCUGCUGCUGCUGCAGCACGAAGAGGAGAAGAGAGAAGGCUGGGGCUGCGGGGCGCAGCAAACCUGUGUCUGCUGGGGGCCCUGUGGGAGUCUAGCGAGGCCCUCGGGGGCGCAGCAAACCUGUGUCUGCUGGGGGCCCUGUGGGAGUCUAGCGAGGCCCUCGGUGCUGCUGUUGAGGCUGCAUGCAUACAGCCCCUUGCUGCAGCAGGUAACCAGCAGCAGCAGCAGCAGCAACAGCAACAGCAGCAGCAGCAGCAACAGCAGCAGCAGCAGAAGGAGGGAGAAAGCGGGGAGUGA